AGACACUUCAUUCUGAGAGGGGGGAAAAAUCCCAAGGCAACACUGGAGUCUUCCUACGUCUUAUUCAGAUACCUACAGAAAAGGGAUAAUGACAGCCUGGUCCUUGCAUGAGCUGUGGAAAACCUCUCAUUCAACACUGUUCCAAGUGACCCUGGCCACUGUUCUGAUGGCUCCUGUUCUUGGUGACUGUGGACCUCCACCCAAUUUACCGUUCGCUUCUCCAAUCAGCCAGUUAGAUGAGGUAUCCUUCCCACCUGGAGCUGUUCUGAAAUAUACCUGCCAUCAUGGCUUCAAGAGAACCAAUUCAAGCCAUAUUACUUGUGAUGAGAAUGGUUCAUGGGUGUAUACUACUUUUUGUGCCAGGAAACGGUGCAAAAACCCAGGCGAGUUGGUCAAUGGGAAAAUAGAAAUCCUGUCUGACCUUUUGGUAGGCUCAAACAUAGAGUUCAGCUGCUUGGAGGGCUAUCUUCUGAUUGGCUCAGCAACUAGCCGGUGUGAGGUCCAAGGUAAAGGAGUUAACUGGAGUGAUUCUCUCCCAGAAUGUGUAAUUGCCACAUGUGAGCCCCCUCCAGUCAUCAACAAUGGGAAGCACAGUGGUAGAGAGGAAGACCUGUACACAUACGGCUCCAUGGUCAUCUACAGUUGUGAUCCCAGCUAUACACUCUUUGGCAAUGCCUCCAUUGUCUGCACUCUGGUGAACAAAACAGUAGGUGUUUGGAGUCCACACCCUCCUGCCUGUGAAAAAAUCGUCUGUCAUCAGCCACAGAUUCCAAAGGGAGAGUUGGUCCCUGGAUUUCGACAUUUCCACACUUACAAAGACGCUCUUGAGAUCAGAUGCAAUAAGGGCUUUGCUCUCAGAGGCAACAGCGUGAUCCACUGUGAGGCUAACGGCGAGUGGUUUCCUUCGGUCCCCACCUGUGAACCCAAUGGUUGUAUUGAUAUACCAGAUAUUUCCUAUGCUUCCUGGGACGGAAAUAGGUUUCCAUUAGAAAAUACUGCAGUAUUUGAAAUUGGGACCAAAUUGAAAUACCGGUGCAAGCCUGGCUAUCAAGCAAAUGCUCACGAUGUUCAGAUUGUGACUUGUCAGGAAAAUCUGACCUGGUCAUCUCCUAGUGGAUGCGAAAGGGUAUGUUGCCCAACACCAAAUAUGGAGAAAAUCAAAAUCGUAAGUGAAAGGAGAGAUUUCACUGGCACAUGUGUCUAUGCCUAUGGGGACUACGUUUUCUAUAUUUGUAGUGAAGGUACUUACCCUAUGACUACGGAUGGAAGGAGUUCAUGUCAAGCAGAUGGAAAGUGGGACCCUGCAAUACCAUCAUGUGAGGCAGACCCAAGCCUGCAAAACCAUUUUGCUCUCACCUUCCCAAACAUAUCAGAAACCAACGUGACAAACAGAACCUAUAUGCUUGAAAAUGAAAACGCAACAGAGAGUUUCAUUAAAGCUGUGUGUCCCAAACCAGACAUCAUAAAUGGAAAACUGUCAGUGGAGAAAGAGAUCUAUGCUGAGAUGGAAAAUAUCACCAUUCAAUGUGAUCCUGGAUAUGACUUAGUUGGUUCCUCAAACAUCAUUUGUUUAGAGAACAGAACAUGGUACCCUGACAUACCCUUCUGUAUAAUGGAGGGUCCAGAAGACUGCGAAAUAGUGAACAAAGGCAGACAACUCUUGCAGUGCCUCUCAAGCCCAGAAGACGUGCAAAGGGCCCUGGUGGUGUACAAGCUGUCUCUAGAGAUCGAACGAUUAGAACAGCAGAGAGAGAAGUGGGCAAAAGUACACAGGAAAGCUCAUUACACAAAAGUCGAUGGGCCAUUUAGGCCGUUCAGUUAAUGUACGGAACCUCCACUCAACAGCUGGACCGACACGUAAGAACCUCCACUCCUGUUAAGAGGUUUCUGGGCCAGAAGAACUUAGGUUGUUUCUUUUUGUUUGUUUUUGAAACUAUGUCAUUCUUUAGUGUCUAGCCAUUGUGGUUCAAUUGUCUCCUUGGCUCGACUCACUGAAAUGGUUAAAUAUAAACUCUCAAAUAUCA